AUGUCGACGCUUGCAAACCCACCCAGAUCUAUCGUCUUUUACGACAUCGCCAUGCGCCCCCCAGUCGAGAAAAAUGCCUGUGCAGUGAACCCCUGGAAAACCCGUAUGGCGCUAAACUUCAAGGGCGUCCCAUACUCGACCUCAUGGGUGCCUUUGCCCGAAGUUGCAAAAGUUCGCAGCGGCCUCAAAGUACCCCCCUGUCGGAAAUUUGCCGAUGGCAGCGACUUCUUUACCCUCCCUAUCAUUGACGAUCGAGGCACUGGUUCUCUAGUGGGCGACUCAUUCGACAUCGCUGUCUACUUACAGAAAACGUAUCCGAACUCGGGCGCAGGCGACCUGUUUCCACCUCAGACGCUCGAUUACGAGUUCAAGCCCGAGUUUGCGAUAGCUGUACCUCUAUCGGACUGUCGCGAGGGGGAUUUUCCCGAAUAUGCCAAGUUCAAUAUGCACGUUGAUGCGGUAUUUACCACACAUGUGCAGUUAACGGUCGAAUGCUUCCCAUUCGACCCUGCCACUGCCGAUAUUAGCAAGGCUGAGUUCGCCCGGCGUGCAGGUGCUUCAGGGUGGGAGGACUUUGCCUUGAUUGGUGAGGCGCGAGAGAAGGUCAAGGAUUCGUUCCGGAACACGCUGGGUGAGCUGGCCAAGCUGUUCCGAAAGGACACUAGUGGACCGUUUGUACUUGGAACGAAGGCUUGCUACGCGGACAUGAUUGUCGGUGGGUGGCUGCGGAUGAUGCGAGCGACUUUACCACAAAGUGAAUGGGAAGAGCUGAAAAGCUGGCAUGGUGCCACUUUCGGGAAAUUGCAUGAUGCGUUGGAGGUAUAUGCGGAGAUGAAAUAG